GAGUAGUAUAUUAACCCCACACCCACCACCUCUUCUCUGCACCUCAACACAACACAACAACUCUGAUCGCAUCGAGAAUCAAUCACCAAGCUAGCUCGACAAGCCAGGCGCCGAGAGCUCGAGAAGACGACCAGGAGACUGAUGGCGGCUGCAGCGAAGGCGUCGUGGAUGGUGGCGAUGAGCGUGGGCGCCGUGGAGGCGCUCAAGGACCAGGCGGGGCUCUGUCGCUGGAACUACGCGCUGCGGUCCGUCCACCGGGCCGCCAAGGCCAACGCUCCCAGCUUCGCGCAGGCCAAGAAGAAGCUGGCGCCGGCGGAGAAGAGCCGGGCGGACAAGGCCGAGGAGGGGAUGAGGACCGUCAUGUACCUCAGCUGCUGGGGCCCCAACUAGGCAUCCGUUUAGUUUCGGCUUUCUGCAACGAUGAUGAUGAUGAUGAUGAUGAUGAUGAAAAGUUCUGCCGCUUGAUUUCAGUGCCUGAGACUCUGAAUCCCUAGGCUACUGUGGUGGCAUGGAAAUAAAGAAUGCGUUUGUGUUCAUAACAAGGUUUUUCAGGUUGAUAUAUUGGCCUGAAACUCUGAAAUGUCUUCAUUGCUGACACCCAAAUUUACUGUUACA